AUGAGCCACGGCGAGAUUCAAACAGACGAAUACGCCUACAGGCCGAUACCACCGCCCACUCAACAGCCAUCAGGUAAAAUAAAGUUAUAUUCACUUUCGAAAGGCAUUUUACUUGAGAAAAACGAAAUUCCGAGUGUUUUUCUCACUAAAAAAGCCUUGAAUAGCAUUAAAAAUUUUACCACUUCGUAAAAAGUAAGCCUAGUUCGCUUCAAACUAAAUUUUAUAAGCUUGGAUUCUCUUGAAUUUUUUUAAAAUUUACAUUUCAAAGCUAUCUGACCAUGGUUUCAGCAUCAAUCAAGCUCGCCAUUAGAUUUAUAACUAAAAACUCGUGUUUUUAAUAAACUGCCCAAGAUAAUUUUCGUCCAGUUCAGAUGCCCAACUAGUUUUGACACUUCUUCACCUAGUAUGCCUCACAUCGGCUUUAUGCGGUAACGUCAGCCAAUUUGUACUUCAGGUAUUUUUUUUCAAGUUUUUUAUCUCAUUUACUUGAAAAAAAUUUUAGCUGUAUACGCACCGACAUCGAGACGGCUAUCCUGUACAACACUUGUUGACUAUAUUUUUUGGCUUGAAUGUUGCUGUGAGUUUCUUUUUUCUUUUCCAACUUAUCACUUGAUAUGAUAACGAAACUACUAUAAAGUUAAAUUUUGAACUAAAUUGUUCUUUUCAACUUGCAGGUAUCCCUAGGGAUUCCCUGGCUGAUCGUGACAACUUUGGUUCGAUAUUGGACUUUUGGGAAGGCAGCUUGUCGCAUUUAUCAAGGCUCUCUGCUUCUUGGGAAAAUCACACUUCCAUAUGUCAUCUCUUUUUUGUACAUUCUUUUGGUGGGUUCAAACAAUUUACAUAAUUCAGAAAUACGAUAAAAAUGAGGAAAGUUGAACAAGAAUAAAAGAUUAAAAGCGUUUCAGCCAUUAGAAAUCUUUUUAUAUUUCCUUUCAAGUUCAAAAACUGUAGUGAUGUUAACAGAGAUGGGACGAGAACUCAAACAAAAAACUUUUACCUUCUUGGCACACCUUUUGAAAUUUUUUACUUCUUAGCUGUCUUCUAAACUAAAUCUUUAAUUAUACAUAUUAUUUCAGAGCCUUGCACUAUCUCCAAUUCGUCAAAAAAUAUCGUUGGCGUUCGCUUCGAAAUUUUCCUUCAUAUUCAUUUUUCUCUUGAUUGUGAUUUUAGUUGCGCCAGCUGCACUUAAUGCUGAGGUUCGUGAGAAUUUUAAAAAAGUGCUUCUAUAAUUUCAGAACAAUUUUUAUUUUCAAACUUUUGAUCGUCUUCGAGCCGCCAUUGCUCGUAGUUCUUUUAAUAAUGAAAAAAUUAAGAGCAUGGAAAAAAUUGAAAUAGUCUCAUAAAUUCAAACGAAGACCAAAAACUCUUUAUUCCACGUUCAGGUGACUACUCAACUCAAAAAAGUCAACCCCGAGGACAAUUACUCAUUGAUUUUCGAGACUUUCGACUGUGACUCGGCCGUGGAACCGCCAGUUUAUCCAGAAACUCUUCGUUUCCUCGUGGAGUUCUUGAUACCGUUCUCUUUGACAUCAUACUUUGCGCUUCGACUGAGAAGUGGCUUGAAGGCCAGCGAUCUGUUGUUUACGACGCUCCACGGAUGUUCAGCCAAUUUGGUUUGAAAAGAGAAGCGUUUAAUUAAUAAAUGAAUUUAAUAUUCCAGGCGUACAUCGCGAUAUUACAUUUCUCUCUGAGUUCAAUAAACUUCAUUCCGAUGCCAAUACAGGUACAGAAAAAAAAAUUACUUCGAAAAAAGUUAAGAAUAAAAUUUAAAAAAAAUUAAUUUUAGAGCGGAAUUGAAUCCUCUCAAGCGAAAUCAAGCUAUGUUUUUCAAAAAAAAAAAAAAUUUCACCAAAAUGGGAUCGAGCUUGCAUCACAAGUUCCACAGCGCAAGGCCUCUAGCCACUACACCACGCUUCUUGCUGGCAGUGGACGUUAGACACCGCAAAACAUUCCCUCCCAGUGCGUCUUUUGCGUGCGAACUUUGAGAUUCCAUAACUCGACUAACCAUGCAAAAAGCGCGCAUUUUUUUUAACUUAAUUGGACUAAGGGUGUCCUAAAGUACCGAGUUUCAUCAAGUUCUCAACGCACUAGUCUUUGGUUAUUUUUAAACCCUGCCAAACUUUCAGAGACGAUUCACAAAUUUGUUUCCGAGCGAUCUGGAUGUGUCCGAUUAUUCCCUAUUGUUACCAUAUUUUUCUUCUGCGCUCACUUGGAUUCCAGCAGCAAACAUAAGCUCAUUAUUAGCGUCCUUCCAAGUGAGUUUUCCUUUUUUUUUUCUUUUUUCACUAGCUUGUUUUCAACCCUUUUUCUGAAUUUUCAUAAAUUUUUUAAUUUGCGCAUUGGCGCCCCGUCGGUUUUUAUUUUUUUGAAGACUUUGUGAACAUCCAAAAAAAAAAACAAAAAGUAAAUAUAAAACUCUCACAAAUGUGGGUUAUUGAGUGAAAAUUUUUGCAACAUAACUUUGAAAGGUCAUUUAUAAAAGAAAAGUUAGUGACGUUGUACAUUUCAAUGAUUUGAAUUUUCCAGAGCGUUUCAACCCAUUUUUAUCCCGCUUUUCCCCCUUUAAACAUUCAUUUCCAGAUAAUAAACUCGCCAACCUCGCCAGCUGGUGAAGUGAGGUCCUGCCGAGUGGUCCGACUCCUGGUUCCACCUCAAAACGACCAUAACAGCCCCUGUCGACAGCCUUUGGACUCUCGGGAGCACAGCGGCGGCUAUUCUAUGAAUUAG